CCGACGGACACCCGGCCGAGGGACACCGGGAACAUGACCUCGGAGAAUGACUACGACCACCUGGAGCUCCAGCAGCAGUACAGCCGCGUCAACGUGCGCUGGGACGCCUCCGACGAUGAGCUGGACAACGACAACAGCUCGGCCCGCCUCUUCGAGCGUUCCCGCAUCAAGGCGCUGGCAGACGAGCGGGAGGCUGUGCAGAAGAAAACCUUCACCAAGUGGGUGAACUCCCACUUGGCUCGCGUGACGUGCCGCAUUUCUGACCUCUACAUGGACCUCCGCGAUGGACGGGUGCUCAUUAAACUGCUGGAGGUGCUUUCGGGAGAGCUCCUGCCCAAGCCCACCAAGGGCCGCAUGCGGAUCCACUGCCUGGAGAACGUGGACAAGGCGCUGCAGUUCCUCAAGGAGCAGCGCGUGCACCUGGAGAACAUGGGCUCCCACGACAUCGUGGACGGCAACCACCGCCUYGUCCUCGGCCUCAUCUGGACCAUCAUCCUGCGCUUCCAGAUCCAGGACAUCAUCGUGCAGACGCAGGAGGGCCGGGAGACACGCUCUGCCAGGGACGCGCUGCUGCUCUGGUGCCAGAUGAAGACGGCGGGGUACCCCCACGUGAACGUCACCAACUUUACCUCAAGCUGGAAGGACGGGCUGGCGUUCAACGCCCUCAUCCACAGGCACAGGCCCGAGCUGGUUGACUUCCACAACCUGACCAAAUCCAACGCCCGGCACAACCUGGAGCACGCGUUCAGCGUGGCGGAGAGGCACCUGGGCAUCACCCCGCUCCUGGACCCCGAAGACGUGUUCACCGAGAACCCUGAUGAGAAGUCCAUCAUCACCUACGUGGUGGCCUUCUACCACUACUUUUCCAAGAUGAAGGUGCUGGAGGUAGAGGGAAGACGUCUGGGCAAGGUGAUUGAACACGCCAAGGAGACAGAGCGGAUGAUUGAGGGCUACAGCGGGCUGGCCUCCGAGCUGCUCACCUGGAUCGAGCAGACCAUCGCCUCCCUCAACAGCCGCAGCUUUGCUAACUCCCUGGGCGGUGUGCAGCAGCAGCUCCAAGCCUUCAGCACCUACCGCACCGUGGAGAAACCCCCCAAGUUUCAGGAGAAGGGCAACCUGGAGGUGCUGCUCUUCACCAUCCAGUCGCGGAUGCGGGCCAACAACCAGCGCGUGUACACCCCGCACGAGGGCCGGCUCGUCUCUGACAUCAACAGGGCCUGGGAGCAGCUGGAGAAAGCGGAGCACGAGCGGGAGCUGGCGCUGCGCAAUGAGCUUAUCCGGCAGGAGAAGCUGGAGCAGCUGGCGCGGCGCUUCGACCGCAAGGCGGCCAUGCGGGAGGCCUGGCUGAGCGAGAACCAGCGCCUGGUGGCACAGGAUAAUUUUGGCCAAGACCUGCCGGCGGUGGAGGCGGCCAAGAAGAAGCACGAGGCCAUCGAGACAGACACAGCCGCCUACAAGGAGCGUGUUCAAGCCAUCGAAGCAGUGGCGAAGGAGCUGGAGGCAGAGAACUACCACGACAUCAGGCGCAUCAACGGGCGCAAGGACAACAUCCUGCGSCUCUGGGAAUACCUCUUGGAGCUGCUGCGCGCCCGGCGCCAGCGCCUCGAGAUGAACCUCACCCUGCAGCACCUCUUCCAGGAGAUGUUGCACAGCAUUGACUGGAUGGACGAGAUCAAGGUGCAGUUGGUGUCACCUGAAUUUGGGAAGCACCUGCUGGAAGUAGAAGACCUCCUGCAGAAACACCGGCUGCUGGAGGGCGACAUGGCCGUGCAGGCCGAGAAGGUUCGGGCGGUGAGCAGUGCCGCCCUGCGCUUCGCUGAUGCCGAGGGGUACCGGCCCUGCGAGCCCAAAGUCAUCCAGGACCGCGUGAGCCACCUGGAGAUGUGUCGGCGGGAGCUGCAGGCACUGGCAGCGCAGAGGAAGGCUCGCCUGGAGCAGUCCAAGUGUCUCUGGAAGUGCUUUUGGGAGCUGGACGAGGCGGAGGGCUGGAUUAAAGAGAAGGAGCAGAUCUACUCCUCCAUGGACUAUGGCAAGGACCUCACGGGCGUCCUCCUGCUGCAGCGCAAGCACGCGGCCUUCGAGGCUGAGCUGCGGGCCCGCGGCGGCCAGCUGGAGCAGGCGCUGGUGGCCGGCGAGCGCCUGGUGGCCGCAGGGCACGCCGAGGCGGUCCGGCUGCGCAGCCGCAUGGCCGAGGUGCGGGCGCUCUGGGCCCAGCUGCAGGAGCUUGCCGCCUUCCGCCAGAGGAGCCUGCGCGACGCCGAGAGCUUCUUCCAGUUCCAGGUGGAUGCUGAUGAGCUCAAGGCUUGGCUGGAGGAUGCCCGUCGGCUGGCGGGCAGCGAGGAGCUGGGCAACGAUGAGUCCUCCACACGAGCACUGGUGAAGAAGCACCAGGAGCUGCUGGAGGAGCUGGCCCGCGCCGAGGAGCUUCUCGGCAGCCUGGGGCAGCAAGCCGAGGAGUUCCCCGCUGCUCUGCGCGCUGACCCUGGCACCCAGAGCCGGCUGGCGGCCCUGCGACCUCUCUGCAGUGAGGUGGCGAGCCUGGCAGAGGUGCGGUGGCGGAAGCUGCAGGACAGCCUGGACCUUUACACAAUCUUCAGUGAGAGCGAUGCUUGCCAGCUCUGGAUGGGCUCCAAGGAGACAUGGCUGGAGCAGAUGGAGAUCCCCAGCACACUGGAAGACCUCGAUGUGGUUCAGCACAGGCUUGACAACCUGGAGCAGGAGAUGAGCGGCUUGGCCUCCCAAAUUGGCAGUAUCAACCGAGCAGCCGAUGGCCUGAUUGAGGGUGGGCACCCACGCAGCCCCCAGGUCCGGCAACGCCAGGAGCAGCUCAACACCAGGUGGGGCAGGUUUCGGGAGCUGGUGGCCCAGCGGCGGAAAGCCGUGGACUCGGCCCUGAGCCUGCUGAACUACUGUGUGGACUGUGAGGAGACCUGCAAGUGGAUCCUGAGCAAGACCCGUGUGGUGGAAUCCACACGGGACAUGGGCCGGGACCUGGCUGGCGUGCUGGCCAUCCAGCGCAAGCUGUACGGCAUCGAGCGGGAGCUGGCAGCUGUCAAGGACCGCCUGGGCAGCCUGCGGCCCCAGGCCCAGCGCCUGGCUGAGGAUCACCCAGACCUGGCAGCGGAUGUGCAGGAGCGCCUGGGGGCCACGACGGCCGCUUGGCAGGAGCUGCAGGGUGCCCUGCAGAGCCAGGCGGCCUCACUGGGUGAAGCUGGCAAGCUGCAGCGCUUCCUGCAGGACCUGGAUGACUUCCAGGCCUGGCUCUUCGGGGCGCAGAAAGCCGUUGCCUCGGAUGAGGUGCCGGCAUCACUGGCUGAAGCCGAGCAGCUGCUCCGGCAGCAUGUGGCCACCCAGGAGGACAUUGAGCAACACGAGGCUGCCUACCGCAAUGUGAAGGAAAUGGGCGAGCGGGUGACGCAGGGCCAGGCAGACCCCGAGUAUGAGCAGCUCCGGCAGCGCCUGGAGGGCAUGGACACAGGCUGGGGUGCCCUGCGCAAGAUGUGGGACACGCRGCACCGCUUCCUCACCCAGUGCCUUGGCUUCCAGGAGUUUCUCCGCGAUGCCAAUCAGGCUGAAGUCCUCCUCAGCAACCAGGAGUACACGCUGGCUCACCUCGAGCUGCCCGGCACGCUGGAGGGCUCCGCCGCUGCCCUGCGGAGGUUCGAGGACUUCCGUGCCGGCAUGGAAAGCAGUGAGGAGAAGAUCCCCAGCACGGUGGUGAGCGGUGCCAAGCUGGUGGCUGAUGGCAACAUCUUCUCCGAGAAGAUCACAGAGAAGUGCCAGAGCCUACAGGACAGGCACAGGGCAAAUGUGGCCAAGGUGCAGGAGGCGGCAGGUUUACUGCAAGACAACCAUGAGCUGCAGACCUUCCUUCAGAACUGGCAGGAGCUCACCCUCUGGAUCAACGAGAAGAUGCUGACAGCGCAGGAUAAGUCCUAUGGCACAGCCCGGAGCCUCCACAGCAAGUGGCUGAAGCACCAGGCGUUCAUGGCGGAGCUGGCUGCCAACCAGAGCUGGCUGGAGAAGGUGGACAAAGAAGGGAAGGAGCUGGCAAGCCGCAAGCCGCAGUACGGGGCACUGGUGUCACAGCGCCUGGGCGAGUUGCAUGCACUGUGGGACCAGCUGCGGGCUGCCACCGAGGAGAAAGCCCAGCAGCUCUUUGAGGUCAACCGCGCGGAGCUGUACGCCCAGAGCUACGGUGACCUGGACCGGUGGCUUGGUGAGAUGGAGGAGGAGUUGCGUGCUGCCGAGCAGGCGAAAGACCUCACCAGCACCAAUCUGCUGCUGAAGAGGCUGACGAGACUGGAAGAGCAAGUAGGAGCACGAAAGAAGGAGAUGGAAGAGUUGGUGUCACAAGGGGCCCCGCUCGGAGGGACUGCGCAGGAGGCUGACAGCCAGGAGCAGAAACUGCAGCAGCGCUUCCUCGAGCUGUUGGAGCCCUUGGAGAGGAGGAGGAAGGAGCUGGAGUCGUCCAAGGCCAUGUACCAGCUCAGGCGGGAUCUGGAGGAUGAGGCACUCUGGGUGCAGGAGAGGCUGCCGCGGGCGACGUCCACGGACCACGGCACCAACCUCCAAACUGUGCAGCGCCUCAUGAAGAAGAACGAGAGCCUACAGAAGGAGCUGUCGGGCCAUGCCCCGCGGGUGGCCGAGGUGCUGAGCCGUGGCGAUGCCAUGGUGGCCGAGGCCGGCGGGCAGUGCCCGGAGCUGGAGGGGCAGUUGCAGGAGCUGCGGGGGCUCUGGGACACCCUGCAAACAGAGACCCGCGGCCGCCUCCGGCGCCUGCAUGAGGCCAACGAGGCCCAGCAGUACUACCUGGAYGCCAGCGAGGCCGAGGCCUGGAUCAGUGAGCAGGAGCUCUACAUGGCGACAGAUGAGAACCCCAAGGAUGAAGAGAGUGGCUUGGUGAUGCUGAAGAGACAUGUCCGGCAGCAGCGAUCCAUUGAGGACUAUGGCCAGAGCAUCAAGGAGUUGGCAGGGAGGGCUCAGCAGCUGCUCUCUGCUGGCCACCCUGAGGGGGAGCAGAUCAUCCGGCUGCAGGGCCAGAUGGACAAGCACUACGCGAGGCUGAAGGCGGCGGCUGAGGAGCGGCGGCGGAGGCUGGAGAACAUGUGCCACCUCUUCCAGCUGAAGCGCGAGGUGGAGGACCUGGAGCAGUGGAUUGCCGAGCGCGAUGUGGUGGCCUCCUCCCAGGAGAUGGGGCAGGAUUUCGACCAUGCCACACUGCUGCGGGAGAAGUUUCGUGAGUUUGCGUGGGAGACUGGCAGCGUGGGGCAGGAGCGUGUGGACCGGGUGAACUUGACCAUUGAGGACCUCAUUGAUGCGGGGCACAUGGAGGCUGCCACCAUGGCUGAGUGGAAGGACAGGCUGAAUGAGAGCUGGGCUGACCUCCUGGAGCUCAUUGACACGCGCAGGCAGCUCCUCACCGCCUCCUAUGACCUGCACAAAUACUUCUACGAUGCUUCUGAGAUCCUCACCCUCAUCGCAGAGAAGCAGAAGGAGCUGCCCCAGGACCUGGGCUGCGAUACCAGCACGGCCAAGGCUUUCCACCGCAUGCACACCGCCUUCGAGCGSGACAUCCAGCUGCUGGAGGCGCAGGUGCAGCAGUUUCGGGAGGUGGCGGCUCGUCUGCAGACAGCGUAUGCCGGCGAGAAGGCCGAUGUUAUCCAGCAGCAGGAGCAGGAGGUGGUGAAGGCGCUGCGGGCACUGCUGGAGGCAUGCAGCGGGCGGCGUGCCCAGCUCCUGGACACGGCUGAGAAGUUCCGCUUCUUCAGCAUGGUGCGCGACCUCCUCUCCUGGAUUGAGAGCAUCAUCCGGCAGAUCGAGACGCAGGAGAAGCCCAGGGACGUCUCCUCUGUGGAGCUGCUCAUGAAGUACCACCAGGGCAUCAAGGCAGAGAUCGACACGAGGGACAAGAGCUUUGCCACUUGCAUCGACUUGGGCAAGAAGCUCCUACAGCGCGAGCACCACRAGUCACCUGAGAUCAGGGAAAAACUGGUGGAGCUGGUGGAGAGGAGGAGGACMAUGCUGGAGACGUGGGACAGACGCUUGGACUGGCUGCGCCUGCUGCUGGAGGUGUGCCAGUUCUCCAGGGACGCCUCAGUGGCCGAGGCCUGGCUCAUCGCGCAGGAGCCCUACCUGGCCAGCAGCGACUACGGGCACACCGUGGACAGCGUGGAGAAACUGCUGAAGAGGCACGAGGCCUUUGAGAAGUCCACRGCAACCUGGGAGGAGCGUUUCGCUGCCCUGAGGAAGCUGACCACGCUCGAGCUCCUGGGCAAGCGGAAGCUGCAAGAGGAGCCCAAACAGGGCAAAGUGACGCGGAGGUCGGCUCCCGACUACGAGUUGGAUCUGGAUGCUGAGCUGGAUGUAGGGUCUGAGGAGGAAGAGGAGAAGAAGAAGGGCUUAAUAGUGCAGAAUGCCUCUCCACUGGCCCCCCAUGGACCAGAACCGCUGCGUGUCCCUGAGCGGGAGCCACGGAGCCCACCGGAGGAGCCCGCCACGCUGCCGGCCCCGCUGGAGCGCGCCAGUGUCCARCUCGAGGGCUACCUGGGCCGCAAACACGACCUCGAGGCGGCCACCAAGAGGGCUUCCAACAGGUCGUGGAGCACGCUGUACUGCGUGCUGCGCGGCGGCGAGCUUGCCUUCUACAAGGACGCCAAGAGCCGCGCGCUGGGGCUGCCCUACCACGGUGAGGAGCCCUUUGGGCUGCGCAACGCCCUCUGCGAGGUGGCCGCCGGCUACAAGAAGAAGAAGCAUGUCUUCAAACUGAGGUAA